CUAAGGAAACAAGCACUAUACAGGCAGGGAAGACAUCACCAUGAUUGUAAGAAUGAAGAAUCUCCCAAUUCUGCCAUUCCUGCUACUCAUCUUUACAUUUUCCACUUUUGCUGCUCCAGUGGAUCUUGGCCACAAAGAUGAAGACAUCAAUUUUAUUAAGAGCUAUUUAAGUAACUUCUACAGCCCUGAAGGUGUGCUAUUUGCAGAAAUCAAUAUGGAAGACAAUGUCACUAUGACAGAAAAACUCAAGAAAAUGCAGAAAUUUUUUGGACUGAAAGUGACUGGGAAGGCCAAUGCUGAAACAGUGGCAGUGAUGAAGAAACCCAGGUGUGGUGUCCCUGAUGUGGGAUCAUUCACCCUCACUGACGGGAAUCCCAAAUGGGAGAGAAACAAUAUCACAUACAGGAUUGUAGGCUACACCUCAGAUAUGCAUCGUUCCGAUGUGGACAAGGCAAUCCAGGAAGCACUAAAAGUUUGGAGCAAAGCAGCACCCUUGAAAUUCAAAAGGCUCCAUGGUGGUAUAGCAGAUAUCAUGAUCUCGUUUGAAAGAAGAGACCAUGGUGAUAAUUCUCCUUUCGAUGGGCCUGAUGGGAUACUGGCACACGCCUUUCAGCCAGGGAAGUACAUUGGUGGAGAUGUCCAUUUUGAUGAGGAUGAAUUUUGGACCACACGAGGCUUGCGAGGCCGCAACUUAUUUCUCGUUGCUGCCCAUGAGCUUGGACAUUCGCUGGGUCUUUCUCACUCCACUGAUUCUGGAGCACUGAUGUACCCCACCUACGCGUACACAGAACCUCACUUAUUUCAACUUCCUCAGGAUGAUAUCGAUGGCAUCCAAGCGAUCUAUGGAAAACCAGAUAUCCCAGUAAAUGGACCUAAAACACCAAAUGCUUGUGACCCCAGCACCACUUUUGAUGCUAUCGUCACCUUACGUGGAGAAAUUAUAUUCUUUAAGGGCAGGCAUUUCUGGCGUAAACACCCACAGUUAGGUGUUGAGCUCUUUUUCAUCUCCCUCUUCUGGCCAAAUCUGCCAUCUGGAAUACAAGCUGCCUAUGAAAAUUACGAAAAAGACCAAGUUCUUCUUUUUAAAGGAAACAAAUAUUGGGUUCUAAAAGGAUAUGAUGUCCUAUCUGGCUACCCUAAGAGCAUCUAUAAUCUGGGCUUCCCCAAAAAUGUGAAGAAAAUUGAUGCUGCAUUUAGUGAUGCCGAAUCUGAGAAGACUUAUUUCUUUGUGAAUGACAAAUAUUGGAGAUAUGAUGAAAUCAGACAGUCCAUGGAAAAAGGCUACCCAAGAAAGACACCCCAAGAUUUUAAGGGAGUUGGCAACAAAAUAGAUGCUGCUUUACAGCAAAAUGGGUAUAUCUAUUUCUUCCGGGGAACACAGGUGAUCCAGUUUGAUCCUAAGAGAAAAACUGUUGUUCCGCCCAUUCAAAGGAGCAACCGCUGGCUGAAUUGUUAAAACAUUUAAUCAGCACUACCUAAUUAUUAGUUAGCACUGCUGUUGUGCCUAAGCUUGGUUUAUAGACAGCAAUGCAUACUUUAUCAAGUUUUACUGAGGAAUCAACAAUGGCGUGUGGAAUUGUUCUCUCACCCAAAUGUACAGCUGGUAAUUUUGGCUAAAUAACUCCAACAAGUCCUAAUGUGCUUCUGUAAUCCACUGUGUUGUAACAGGUUUGACUCUGCC